AUGUCAGAAGAAGCUGUUACUGAGACACGAUUUUCUCUGAAGACGGUAGCCUUACGGGUAUUUCACCUUCCCCUUUCCUGGUAUCAUUCUCUUAACCAGAUAAAGCUCUCCCCUGGGUUAAAGAAGCUUUUCACGGUAACAGCAGUGAGUGCGAUAUCUGUUAUUUUUCUGGCCCAUCACUUUAAAAGAAGACGUGGAAAGAAAAACAAGAAAGUGCCACCAUGGGAACCAAGUCAUCUAGUACUAGAGUGUACCAAAGCAGCUGCAUCAGAAAAAGGUUCUAGCUGUUCCAGUAGUCGGCAAAACUUGACACUUUCUCUGAGCUCUGUGAAGGAAAAAGGAUCUCAGUCUUGUAUCUAUGCAAAUGGCGGACUUUUCAGUAAAUGCUCUGGUUCAGUUCAAAGCCUGGCCUCGGUUCAGAGUGCCACUUCUUGUCACAGUUGUGCUUGUGGCAAUUCAAAUUCCUGGGAUAAAGCAGAUGAAGAUGAUAUUAAACUUGUCAAUAUUCCAGUGACCACACCUGAAAAUUUGUACUUGAUGGGUAUGGAGCUUUUUGAAGAAGCACUGCGUCGGUGGGAGCAGGCACUAACUUUCCGCAACAGGCAAGUUGAAGAUGAAGCAAGUUGUGGUUCCAUUAAGCUGGGAGCAGGAGACGCAAUUGCAGAAGAAAGUGUAGAAGAUAUCAUUAGUGCUGAAUUCAUUCAUAAGCUUGAAUCCCUUCUUCAAAGAGCUUACCGUCUUCAGGAGGAGUUUGAAGCCACCCUUGGGGCCUCUGAUCCUGCUUCUCUAGCUAAUGAUAUUGAUAAAAAUACAGACAUUACUGUAAAGGAUAAUAUGGAUGAUUUCGGCCUUCGAGAUACAUUAAGCAUUGCGUCAACAGACUCCUUUGUUUCCACAGCUGAGCUUACAGAGCACAGAGAGAUUCGUAGUACGUAUGGUCUUGAUUCCCUUUGCCAUUGUCCAUUGUAUGAAGAAGCUAUGCACUUAGCAGAAGAAGGCAAAAUUUAUUCACGAGUGUUAAGGACUGAAAUGUUUGAAUGUCUAGGAGACAGUGACUUCCUUGCUAAGCUUCACUGUAUUCGACAAGCUUUUCAGGUAAUUCUUUCAGAGACAGCAAACAGAAUAUUUCUCGCUGAAAGUGGAAGAAAAAUUUUGUCUGCUUUAAUUGUGAAAGCACGAAAGAAUCCAAAGAAAUUUGAAGAUGUCUUUGAUGAAAUGAUAUAUUUUUUGGAACAAACAGAUCACUGGGAUAAUACCGAAAUGGAACUUGCUGCUACAGGAGUGAAAAACCUGAAUUUUUAUGAUGUUGUUCUGGACUUCAUACUAAUGGAUUCAUUUGAAGAUUUAGAAAAUCCACCAAUAUCUAUACAGAAUGUAGUAAAUAACCGCUGGCUAAAUUCCUCUUUUAAAGAAACAGCUGUGGCUUCAAGCUGUUGGUCAGUACUGAAGCAGAAAAGACAGCAAAUGAAGGUGCCUGAUGGAUUUUUUGCACAUUUCUAUGCUAUAUGUGAACAUAUCAGCCCAGUUUUGGCGUGGGGCUUUUUGGGCCCUAGAAACUCCCUUUAUGACCUGUGCUGCUUCUUCAAGGAUCAAGUGCUUUUCUUCCUCAAAGACAUUUUUGAUUUUGAAAAGGUGAGAUACUCAACUAUGGAGAGUUUGGCUGAAGAUCUUAUGCAAUUAUUAAUCCGACACACGGAACUUUUAAUGGCCUAUCUUGGAGCAGAUUCACUGAGACAUGUCAAUGCUUGUGUAAGUGGUCCUGGGCAUGUCAUGACCAGUGGGCUCUUGGAAGCAAAAGUACAGUAA